UUCUUUUAACUUAGCAUAUAAAAAACAAUUUUUAAUUUUUGUGUAUGUGAUAAAAAUAUUGAAGAAAUUUUAAAACUUUUGAGGUAUGCCGAAAAAGGAAAUGAAAUGAACUGAUAUCUUACCGUUUGGUCUGAGCUCUCUCUGGCUUCACUCUGCUCUCUGGUCUUUCCAAAGAGAAGAGAAGAGAAGAGAAGAGAAGAAACCCUCCGUUGUUGAGGAUCCAAAAGCAAAUAUGGGGCGGUCAAGCAGGACAAUUUAUGUUGGCAAUCUUCCUAGUGAUGUUCGCGAGAGUGAAGUUGAAGAUAUAUUUUACAAGGUUGGACUACAUGUAACUCAGUUUUUUCUUAGAAACAUUAUUGCCAGCUUCCAUCAACUUGAAUGAAGAAGGAAUGUGCUGAAUCUUCUUGAAACCUUAGUGUUUCCUUUAUAGCUGGUGCAUGAUAACAUAAUAUGCUUGUCUAUUUGUAAAUACAUGUAGCUUAUGUGCAUAUUCAAUUGUAUUUAUAACUAUUCUAUACUUAUAUAUUAAUAUGCAUAUUCACAUGUCUGUGCAAUUAUGUUUAUGGAUAUUUUUCUAAAUACUUGUCUUGUUCAUACAAAUACUACAAAAACUCUAUAAUAUGUACUCCAUGUUUUGCUCUGAUAAAAGAGUUAUUUGCAAAUGUUAGAAUGAAAAUUGCACAUAUAUUUAGGUAUGUUUGGUUACAUCCCUGCAAACUUUGCCCAUGAAGGUUAUCCACCUUUCACAUUGACUGUGAUAAUCUGAUUAUCAUCACACCACUUAAAAAGUGAUUAUGAUAGAGGUCAAGCAAUCACAUCAUUUUUUCUUCCCUUAAUAAUAAUAAUUUAUGUUCCCUAAGUUAUCCCCAGUUGCUGCUGAUCAAUCCUCUGCUCCUCUUUAUGGGAUACAAUCAGCUGAAACAAUUUCAUGCUGGAUUCUGGUUCAUGAUAAUCAGUUCUUUGUAUCUUUUCUAACAGGUUCCCCUUAUUUCUGGUUUUGAUUUUAUGAUUUUAUUUGUGCAAUUGUGCUUACUAUUUAUCUUUGUUUUUUCCCCUCCAGUAUGGGCCUAUUGUUGAUAUCAAUUUGAAAAUGCCUCCAAGACCUCCUGGUUAUGCUUUUGUUGAGAUAGAACUUGCCCAUUUGGAUGCUGGGCUGGUUCAUUUUUUAUUCUGACUUUACCAGAAAUUCUCAAUCGGUUGUCUUCCUGUUUGAAAACUCUCGUGAUGCUGAUGAUGCCAUACAUGGCCGGGAUGGCUAUGAUUUUGAUGGAUGUCGUUUACGGGUUGAACCUACUCAUGGAGGGAGAGGAUCAUCAUCGUAUGACCGUCACAGUAGUUACAACAGUGGAAGUAGUCGUGGUGGAGUUUCAAAGCAUUCUGACUACCGGGUGCUGGUUACUGGACUUCCUUCUUCUGCUUCUUGGCAAUACUUGAAGGAUCACAUGCGUCGAGCUGGAGAUGUUUGUUUCUCUCAAGUUUACCGGAUCGUGAUGAUAAGAAAGCUUGAUGAUUCGCUUUUCCGUAACCAAUUUUCAAGGGCAUAUAUAAGGGUGGAGGAGUAUGACAGGAUACGUAGUUACUCCAGGAGUCCUGGUAAGAGUCCUUACUCCAGAAGCAGAAGUAUCUCUCGCAGCCCCGAAGAUCAGGACAGGAGUAGAAGUGCUUCUCCAAGGAAUAAAAUUUCCCAUUGAGAUGUGUCUAGAUCUCGUUCAAGGUCUGUUGCAUCCAAGUCAGAAUCUAGGUCUCCUCGCUCCGUAUCAAGAUUUGGCUUUUCGUGGCACUCUGGGGAUUGCAUGUUAGGGACUUGAUGGCUUACGGUGCUCAGUUUCUUGCUACUCAUUUCUUUCUGGCAAUAAGCUGCAAGUCGAUGAGCAUCUGCGGCAAAACCAAGAUCCCCAAGGAAGUCUAGACCUGCAGCAUCACCGCCACCCCAUCAAUCCAUGCGUGGAAGUGCCAGUGUGAGCCGGAGCCAAUCGAGAUCGGUGCAUUCUGAUUGAAGUGCAUUUGCGGUUGAAAGAUUGAAAUGAAUUUUGUAGACUGGCAGCCGUGUCUAGCUGUCUAGUUUAUUAAACAAAAACUUGGAUAUGUUCAAGAUACAUUCAGAUGGGAUUUGGGGUCCAGAUUAUCAAUUUAGUAAUAUUUCAGUCAGACUACUAAA